AUGGCUAAUGAUAAAAAUGAGUCAACAGAAAGGCCAGGUUCCAUAAUAGUGAUGUGGGUCUUGCUCGAGGGUGAACCAACAGCCGUGAAGUUGAAAGGUUCUUUAUCUGAGUUCACAGAUUUGGAUGAUUUUUCUUCUUGUCUCGAACAGAAAUUUGAUGAAUUAAAAAAUGUCAAGCCACAAAAACGUACAUAUUUUACCUAUGAUGAUCGCAACGUACCACUCUCGCCAGACACCGUCCUUACAUCUCUGACCACCACAGCAUCAAAACCGCUUGUCGUCCGGUACCCAUUGUCCGAUGCAAAUAUUGUAGUAAAUUAUAAAUUUCUACGUUCUUCAGGCGAAUAUCAAAUGCCACAUACAAGUGGCUCCUGGAGUCUUUUGAGAGAAGCCAUCAUAGAAAGAUUCGAUAAGUUGCUGACAGAAAAUUUCUAUUUUGUCAAUAAUGAAACGAAUAAGGAAAUUAUGAAUGAAUAUCAGUUUAACACAUUAUUGUUGAGAACCAAGCCAAACGAAGCGAAUGAUUACAUACUUGAUCUAAAGAUCCGGAUCAAGGGGAAAAAAGCAUAUGGCGAUUGGAAAUUUAGGGAUGUGUUUCAGGAUGUGUUGAAACAAGAUCAUACAUCUCUUGAUACUGUGCCAAGAUUUAACCCAAACGAACUUCCUAUAAUAAACCCUCCGAUGAGUGUCCAAGAGUUGGAUCUCUUCAUCAAGAAACUUGAGGAAAAAUACUAUACACUUCGUAAUGAGAUAAAAAACGAGGCAACAUCACGUGAAUUCAUAUCAAUUUUCAUGAACACUGCAGUCCGACAUGUUCAACUUCAUGUAAAUGAGAACACGUGGUUAUCUGUAGAAGUUGAGCUUGAUGGAAGUCGCGGUUAUGGUUACGCAGAUUAUGCUGUAUAUAUUCAAGAUAACAUAGUAUUAGUAGAUGAAGCCAAAUGGAAAGAUCUUGUUGAAGGCAUAGCUCAAUGCGUUAUGGAAAUGCACACUUUAGUGGAAAAGUUAGGCAAACGCAAGCGUGACAAAUCACCAACAAUUUUUGGUAUAGUGACUACGGGACGUAGUUGGCGAUUCAUUCGCUGGACUGGUUCAUUAGAAAGACCGAUAGUUGAAAUUUCUGAGGAAUAUGUAUGUAGAUUCAAAGAAGAUACGAAAAACUCAAAGGACGUGAUUGAGUAUAUCAUACGAAUUCUCCAAACACAAGCCACGUCAUUUCUAAAUGAUAACAGGGAUAAUGAACAUAUUUCAAAACGCAAUAAAUCAGAGUAG